AUGCGGCUUGCAACCAUUCCCGCCCUCGCUUGGGCCUUUGGCUUAAUCGAGAGCUCCCUUGCCGGCACAGACGCCAACCCAUCCGCUUGUAAGUUACCAGCAAUUCCGGACAUUUAUCUUAGCUCCGGCUUUGGUGGCGACUAUGACAGUGCUCCAAGCCUCGGAACGAUGACCGGAUUCAUGAUCUUCGUCGACUUUAUCGACGGGGUCGCAAGUGAGACCACCGAGUCUCUCAGGGAUAUCUUUAUCCCCGAGGGCCCCGACUGGUUCAACACCGCAUCAUUCGGUAAAUUGAACCACCAGAUCACAGCGGACACGUCCAAGUUCUUCCGCAUGCCCAACGACACCGAGUCAUAUGGGUUCACUCGCGGCUUGACAUGGGAGGCGCACAACCGGUACAUCCAGGACGCCUUGCAGGCGUAUGAAGAAAAGUGCAAAAAGCUGAAACCUGUUGAUAUCCUGUACGUCGUGGCCACGAAAAACGCCUCGGCCAUCAGCUUCUCGCCGACUUUCAUGGGUCCCGUGACGACGCGUUCGGGCGUGAAGGUGGCAAAGAAAGCAGUGACGAUUGGAUAUGACGCAUACGUGAAAUGGUUCUCCAAAGUGUUGAACCAUGAAUCUGGUCAUGCAAUGGGUCUUGCAGACUACUAUCCAUUCACUGGUGGGGAGACGGGAAUGUAUGUUGGAGGCUGGAGUUUGAUGGGGUAUAUCAACGGGGCAAGUCCCGACUAUUUCGCAUGGGAUAAGUGGCGUCUAGGAUGGCUUCAGGAUGAACAGGUGGAUUGUGUCUCCCAGGCCGGCAAAACGAUACAUACGCUCUCUCCGAUGGAUACCCUGGACGGAAACAGUCCGAUCAAGGCCGUGGUGGUUAAGAAGAACGACACCUCUGCCCUCAUUGCUGAAGUGAGGUCGAGCAACGGCAACAACGUUGGGUCUUGUGCCAAAGGAGUGCUUCUUUACACGGUUGCAACACACGUGGCAACUGGGACAGGCCCAGUCAUUGUGCUCGACUCCAAUCCGGCUUCGAUUGGAUGCGAUGGUACAGCUUUUGGGAAUGCACCUUUGGCACUUGACGGGUCUGGUGCUAGCUCUUAUACAUCUUCUGAAUUUGGUGUGACGAUUGAGGUGGUAGAACAAGAGGGCGAAGAAUAUGUAAUCGAAGUAGAGCUUUUAUGA